AUGGACGAUACUGAGAAGAAUGUCGUCAUCACAGACUCAUCGACGGUACCGAGUGACAAGCCGCAACCCGACGAUGAAAACAUUUACAUCGAUCCUGUAAAGGAGCGCCAACUACUUUGGAAAUGCGACUUGCACCUGACUUCACUUCUCACACUCUCCUUCUUGUCCGCAUAUCUUGAUCGAUCAAACAUCGGAAACGCUGCGGUUGCUGGGAUGCUGCCAGAUUUGGGCAUGAGCAGUCAGGAUUUAGCAAAUGCCGUCCUGAUGUUUUACGUUACCUACGUUCCCUUUGAGUUACCUGGGUCACUUCUUGUGAAAAAGAUACGGCCUAGCAGAUUGCUCCCGAUUUUUAUGUUGGGUUGGAGUUUGACUUGUUUGGGGACCGGAUUCAUGAAGACAGUGCCUCAAUUCUAUGCCUCUCGCCUACUGAUUGGGUUUUUCGAGGCUGGGAUGUACCCGGCGCUUGCCAUUACUCUCACUACAUUCUACACGCCUCAGGAGCAAGCCCGGCGCUUCGCAUAUCUAUAUCUGUCCGUGGGUCUGAGUGGUGGGUUUGGAGGACUCUUCGCUUACGCGCUUCUCAAACUUGACGGUGUACGAGGCAUCGCUGGAUGGCGAUGGCUGUUCAUUGUAGAGGGAAUUCUGAGCGUGUGCAUAGCCUUCCUCCUCUGGCUAGGCAUGCCAGAUUCUUUCGAAAACGCAAAAUUUCUGAAUGAAGAAGACAAGGCACUAAUGCGGCUAAGAACAAUCAAGCAUGAUCGCUACAUGAGACUCAACGAGUCGUUCGACAAGAAGGAGGUAUUUAAAGCAUUCAAGGACAAGAAGCUCUGGCUGGGUGCGACCAUCCAGUUUCUUGGAGACAUAUUGUCUUUCGGCAUUUCGACCUUCUUACCGUCUCUGGUCAAGUCCUUCAAAUUUGACUCUGUCUUGACGCAACUACUGAUAGUCCCUGUAUAUUUCUGGGCUGUUGCCGUCUACAUUGCUGUAUCUGUCUGGUCUGACAAGGUUCAAAAACGAGCCAUCUUCAUGAUACCUGGAGCACUGGCAGUCAUUGUUGGCUAUGCCAUUCUGUGCAGCGUGCCUAUGAAAUUGAAAGGAGUACUGUACUUUGCGUGCUUUAUAAUAGUACCGGGAGUUUAUUGCAUGCUGGGACUGAAUUACGUCUGGAUGUUGAACAGCCAUGCAGGUUAUGUGAAACGUGCAACGGCAAUAGGCCUCAACAUGACGAUUGGAAACUGUGCCGGACUGGUCAUUGGGCAGAUCUUCAAGAACACAACCUCGGAAGGGCGGUAUCUGGUAGGGGAGGCUACGUCUCUCUCAGUUUCCGCAGUUUGUGUAUUUCUCAUCACCGGGCUUUACUUCUACAAGCGUCGGCAGAACCGAAUCAGGGAUGGCUUGACAUAUGACGAGAGACAGUUGUGGAUAGACCAAGGAAGGACGGGAGAUGCGCACCCAGACUUCAGAUAUAUCCUAUGA